AUGUUCUUCAACUGUAAGAAAUCUGCCGUCAAAACAGUCAAACUCUCCAUAAAUGACAAGGUCCAGAGUCAUCCUUUCUUGUACUUCCAGAGGUACAGUUAUGUGAAUGUGUAUAUGAAAUGGAAAAAGGAUUCAUAUUAUGACUCUAUUGAGCAAAUCCAUGAGUCCGUUCAGCUCAAGCCUAUCAUUGCCCUGAAAAACUGCAUUGUCCAGGAUCCCAAUGGGUGCAUUCCUAUCUCUGCAGUGUCUAAGAGGGGGUUAGAGUUAGAUGUGCCCAUGAAGGUUGCAAGAUUUAUGAGGCAAUAUCCGUCCAUCUUUGAGGAGUUUACGGGUCCCAAAUACAAUCUUCCUUGGUUCAGGUUGACACCAGAAGCUGCCGAAAUUGACAGGGACGAGAAGAGAGUAUAUGAAGAAUGCAGAGAGGAGUUAAGGUCCAGGUUGGGGAAGAUGAUAUUGAUGACCAGAGAUAAUGUCCUACCUUUAAAGAUAAUUCAGGGUAUGCAGUGGUAUUUGGGGUUGCCUAAUGAUUUUCUGCAGCACCCCAAGCAAAAUCUUGAUGAGUAUUUCAGGUUUGUGGAGAUGGAAGAUGGAUUGAAAGGGUUGGCUCUUGACAGUGGAGAAAAGAUUUAUUCUGUAAUGGAGAAAAAUGCCAUGAAAAGAGGUUUGUACACCGGGGGUCCAAUGGAAGCCAUUGAAUUUCCAUUUUACCCAUCAAAGGGUUUAAGGUUGAGGAGGAAAAUUGAGAGCUGGCUACAUGAAUUUCAGAAGCUUCCUUAUAUUUCACCUUACGAUGAUUUUUCUUACUUGGAUCCAAAUAGUGACGUAGCAGAGAAAAGACUUGUGGGAGUUCUUCAUGAACUACUUUCCCUUUUUGUUGAACAUUCAGCUGAGAGGAAGAAGCUGUUUUGCCUCAAGAAGUAUUUUGGGUUGCCACAGAAAAUGCAUAGAGCUUUUGAGCGGCAUCCCCAUAUGUUUUAUCUAUCUUUCAAUAACAAAACUUGUACAGUCAUUCUUAAAGAAGCUUACAGCAAUAUAUCAGCUAUUGAGGAGCAUCCUCUACUGAGGGUGAGGAAGAAGUACAUCAAGUUGAUGAAGGAAUCAAAAGUGAUUUUAAAGAAUAGGAGGGUGAAUAAUCGAUUUAAUUGUAAUGCAAAAUUGGAUUUAGAUUCAAAUGAUUUAGAUGAAAGGGGACAUGAGAUGGCAAGCUGCUCUUUGAAACAGGUUAUGUGA